AUGCUCGAAUUUUUACAUUUAUCUCAUCAGUUCGAAGGAAGUACGUCGGAAAAUGAAGAUUCUCAUUUGUCGCAUCACAGAAAUAAUGAUAUUUUCACUGGUGAUCCUAGAUCAAAACAUGCAUUUUUACAAUUAGAACGUAUUACACAUGAUUUAUAUUUCAAACAAUUACCAAGAAACUUAAUAAGAUGUGCUCAAUCAGAAUAUAAAAUUAUUCGAAAUAUUCAACGUCUUUUACGUGAACAGCCAGAUAUUGUCGUACGUCGAACAGAUAAAAGUAAAGUAUUUUAUAUUGGUAAAGUGGAUGAUUUUGAACGAAAAGCACAAGAAUAUAUGUUAAAAACUCAAGCUUAUGUAGAAGUUACCAAUGGUCGUUGUCCUUUAGCUGAUAAUUUACAUGCUGUACAAACUUUACUUGAUUAUCUUAUGGCUAAAAAUGUAAUUACUAGAAAACAACAUAAUAAGUUAUUACUAAAUCUAAACAAGCUAGAAUUAGGUCAUUAUCAUGGUCUUCCUAAAUCACGUAAAUCUGGAACACCUUUACAACCUAUUAUUGCAUCAAUCAAUGCACCAGCAACAUUGGUAUCAAAAUUUUUGAAUGAUUUUUUAGCACCUAUGUUUCUUCAAGUUGCUCGUAAAAUAACAUUUAUUAAUGGUAUUGAUGUGGUUCGGAAAUUAGAAAAAUAUGUUAGUGAUGGUCGCUUUAAAUCGGCAACAAAAUUUAUUACAGCUGAUGUUACUGAUCUUUAUACAAUGAUACCAAGACAAGGUGCAUUAGAAACAUUUGCUCGAUUUUGUCUUAAACAUUCGAAACGAGGUAAAAUAGGUACAUUCACAAUUGAUCAUAUUAUGAAAAUGGCUCAUCUAAUUUUGGAUACAAAUACUUUUAUCUACAAUAAAAAAUAUUAUCGACAAAUUCGUGGUAGUGCUAUGGGUUCAGCAUUUACAUAA